AACUCCACUACGCUUGCGCCUCACGUAGCGUCGUCGUAAAAUCAUCUGUGGUACGCAAACGCACUUAAUCGCGUCGAGUAACUUCUGGGCAGACUGAACUGCGCGGCAAAAGAAGGGGUACCCAAACAAAAACAUGUGGCGGAGGCAAUGAAAUACUGAUGUGGAGAAUAUUAGUGGCUUGAUUGACAGUUGUCAUCAUGGGUCUUCACUCCACCCAGAAGAAGCACUUCCCCUUACGGGGGAUUGAUGGUGUAGUACAGUUGUUUGACGCUGAACUCCGCAAGUCAGAGCCAGACCUGGCCCUCCUCUCCCUGGUUCUGGGUUUUGUGGAGCACUUCCUGGCCGUAAACCGGGUCAUCCCAAUUAAUGUUCCUGGUGUGAGAUUCGAACCACUUGAACCAGACUGUCCCACCUCCUGCUUUCCCACAGUGGAGUUGGGUAUGAUAUCUGCACUGUAUGAACGCUUCACAGCACAGAUCCGGGGUGCAGUGGACUUGUCCCUGUUCCGGAGAACUGCUUCAGGAUCCAGCAGGGAGUUGGUAAAGAAAGUGUCUGAUGUCAUUUGGAACAGUCUGAGCCGAUCAUACUUCAAGGACAGAGCCCACAUCCAAUCCCUCUUCAGUCUCAUCACUGGUACUAAACUCGACAGCUCCGGAGUAGCAUUCGCUGUGGUGGCAGCCUGCCAGGUUCUGGGUCUGAAGGAUGUCCACUUGGCAUUGUCUGAAGAUCACGCCUGGGUGAUAUUUGGCAAAAAUGGGGAGGAGACGGCUGAAGUCACCUGGCAUGGAAAAGGAAAUGAAGACAGGCGAGGACAAACUGUGAAUACGGGAGUGAAUGAGAAGAGUUGGCUCUACCUGAAGGGCUCGUAUAUGAAGUGUGACAGAAACAUGGAGGUGGCCUUCAUGGUUUGUGCCAUCAACCCAUCACUGGACCUGCACACUGAUAGUUCUGAGCUCCUACAGCUUCAACAAAAGCUGCUCUGGCUGCUGUAUGAGAGAGGCGACCUGGACAGAUACCCAAUGGCCAUGGGGACGCUAGCUGACUUGGAGGACCAGGAUCCAAUCCCAGGGAAAGAAAAUCCACUGAAAAUCCACCUCAAGGCUGUCAGUUCUGCUGAGAAGCACUACAACAACGAGCACAUCUACCCGUACAUGUACCUGGCUGGUUUUCACUAUAGACACAGGAAUGUGCGGGAUGCUCUGAGAGCCUGGGCCGAGGCUGCGCAGGUCAUGCAGGACUACAACUAUUUUCGCGAAGAUGAGGAGAUCUAUAAGGAGUUUUUUGACAUAGCCAAUGAUGUCAUUCCAACCCUGCUGAAGGAGACGAGUGCUGCUGCAGAGAGUCCCAGUGAGGGACCUGAGGGAGAAGAUGGACCUGAGAAGCAGGAUCAACCCAAGCAGCAGGCAGCAGCAUUCUCAGCUUUGCAGGAUCCAGAAUGCUUUGCUCACUUGCUGCGAUUCUAUGAUGGCAUUUGCAAAUGGGAAGAGGGCAGCCCCACUCCUGUCCUCCAUGUUGGAUGGGCCACCUACCUGGUGCAGUCUCUAAGUCGUUUUGAUGCUCAAGUUCGUCAGAAAGUAACUAUCAUCACCAAAGAGCCCGAGACCCCGGAUGAUGAUGAUCAGUCCAGUGAAGAUCUCAGAGAAGGACGCAGGCGAGUCCCACGGAGGGAGUCCAAGCUGGAAGAACAGAGUCCCCCCCUUCCUGCAGCUCCCAAUUCCCCACCUUCCCAAAACCCUACAGACCAGCCCAAGAAGAUCGGUGAGGGUGGAGGCCGUCGCAGAUCUUCCCAAACUCUCCGCGCGGGAGACACAGAAGGAAAACCGAAGUCCCCCAGUCCUGACUCCUCACCUGCAUCCCAGCAGCAGCAGGCAGCAGCCUCCACCAACUGCCCGGUUGUCACCUUCCAGAGUGAGAAGAUGAAAGGGAUGAAGGAGCUGCUGUGUGCUGCCAAGGUGAAUUCCAGCGCCAUCAAGCUGCAGCUCACAGCCCAGUCUCAGGUACAAAUGAAGAGGCAGAAGAGCACACCAGCCGGAGAUUACUCGAUGUCCUUCAUGAAGCGACAGCGCAAAUCUCUCUAGAUUGUAGAUGUAGAAACAAACUGUGAUCUUGGCUCUCCCACAGUGCUCACGUCUGAUGCCACCAGAGGUAGUUUUCAAUAUCCUCACAGAAUGGAGCAAUAUAUGACAGAGUUUGCCUCACAUAUCGUGCUCAAACUGAACUUGAAUUUCAGUUUUAAUGAACCAGGCCAGAGCAGAUUCUCUUCAUCUUGUGACGGAUCAUCAACUCGUGGUUAUGUUAGUUUACACGUGGACAUCUGAAGCCAGGAAUGUCCAGAAGUGUGUAAAUAUCAAACUUUAGGAGUCCACAACGACAGUGAAGAAUUUAGGAUAGUUACUGUGUAACAUUGUCCACAUCUGCUCUACCGACAGCUUCUUUCUUGCUAGCUCUUUGUUGCCUUACUUUGCUCUUUUCUCAUGUAGAUGGCCUUUUUAGUUUUGUGCAUAGCUAAGCUAGGCCCGUUUUAAACCAGAAGACCCGAACGACCAUGCACUGUUGACACGGAUCCGUGUAGGUGGCUCUGCUACGUCCUACUUGCUCGACUACUUGUGGUGUUUGUCUGUGUUUUUGUAAUCUGCCAGUAAUAAAGUUCUGAUGUGAAAAGCAUGGCGAG